AUGGAAAUGCACUUGGUGUCCAUUCGACAGCUUCACACUCUCACCCUACAGUAUCGGCUGAUUCCCAGGAGCAGGGAAACGAUACAGGACCAGGAGGUGCUCUGGCCCACUGCAAAGCCCUGGUACAUCGUUCCGUACAGGAAUCGUCUGCUUGUUGUUGUUGUUGUGCGCUUGCACGUCGUCGUCGUCACGCCAGCAGCCGCCGGCCGAGUCCACGAUGUACUCCCUGGCCACGCCUCCGGGAGGCGGCUCGCUCCGCCCACACCGCCGACGGUUGUUGUCGUGCGCUCGCGGCGCUCCGAUUUUCAUCAUCACCGUGCUGCUGCCGACUACUGCUUCUGCUGUCGUCGUCCAUGUAUAGAAGACACUGACGACGUCAUGAUCGACUGCGGUUCGGUGUUUCGCGAUCGAAAAAAGUCGUGUGGCGAAUUCAAUCUGAUUGCUCGAACGAUGCAAAUUUCCACUAGCCAACGUAAGAGUCUUUGGUUGUUGGAUGAGAAAUGUAAACAGUCGGUAAAUGUCUCCCUAAAUGACAACAACUCGUCCAAUUUUGUUUUCUGUUCAGAUUCGGACGAGUUUCGCCGACGUUCAGGAUCAUCGCGUAGCGACGGCAAACGAUGGGGACGUAAGGAUACCGGAGGUGGAGAGUUAAGAUGUUGCAUACAACCGGAUAUACUGCGCAGUAACGUCGACAAACAUUGGUUUUUCGAAGAUGAGCAGGUUCGAAUAAACGGUUCGGUGUUCGCUCGGCGUGAAAACUUCGACAAUCUGCUCUCAAUCAUUCCCAUGUCGAAAUUCAAUGGCAUCCAUAUCAAGAUGGAAGACGACUGUCCACAAGGUGGUGACGAUGUUCGCCUGUGUCUGUUGAAAACAUUAGGAGCGCAUAAUCAACGUGUGGUACCGUGUGUUGGAUGCCAUCGUGAUAUGAUUGUUUACGAUCGAUAUCCGCUUGUUGACGGGGUCUUCUUUUUGUCACCUGUUUGUCAUUUCGGACCGCCUACAGAGGUCUGUUGUUAUUAUCGCUCAUUCGCAGAUAACUUCUAUAUUUACCUUGUAAACACGGCCUAA